AUGGGUGCCAAUGAAUCAAUGGAGGAAAUCAUUGCUAUGGAAAAUUACCAAUGGUAUGCAAAAUUCAUGAAAGAAUGCCCAUCUGGACAACUCACCAUGUAUGAAUGCAAGAAGGUUCUUGGUCUUGAAAAUUCAACUACACAGGCAAAUAAUUAUGUUGAGAAAGUAUUCAAUAUUUUUGAUACAAAUAAGGAUGGACUUAUUGACUAUUUGGAGUUUUUAGCUGCUAUAAAUCUAGUGAUCCGAGGGAAAAUUGACCAAAAAUUGAAAUGGUAUUUUAAACUUUAUGAUAUUGAUGGGAGUGGAACAAUUGACAAAAAAGAAGUUAUCAGCAUGUUAAUGGCUAUUCAAACAAUCAAUAAAAACCAAGAGAUGACUCCUGAAGAAUUGACAAACCUGAUUUUUCAGAAGAUAGAUGUAAACAAUGAUGGGGAACUCACCUUAGAAGAACUCCUGAACGGAAUGGAACAUGAUGAACAUUUCCGGGAAAUUAUUUCAAAAAGCUUUGAACUCUCCAGUGUACUGAAAAUUUUACAGAGUGAGAAAAGACACAGCAUCUGA